GCUCCGCAGGCCUUAAAAUGGCGGCAGCGGCGUGUAGUGCGGUGUGUGGAGCCAUGGCAGGAGCUCGGGGUUGCGUAGUGCUGCUGGCCGCGGCCCUAAUGCUCGUCGGCGCUGUCCUGGGCAGCGAGGACCGCUCCCGGCUCCUGGGGGCUCCAGUGCCUGUAGAUGAGAACGACGAGGGCUUGCAGCGGGCCCUGCAGUUCGCCAUGGCCGAGUACAACAGGGCCAGCAACGAUAAGUACUCCAGCCGGGUGGUGCGGGUCAUCAGCGCCAAGCGGCAGGUGGGUGCGGGGCCGGCGGCUGGGGACGGCCUGCUGCUCACGGCCUGCCUCUGUGUGUGUGGAGCGCUGCAGGAGUGGGGAUUUCUGAGGUUAAUUCAGGCUGUUCUGCUGCAGAAGCUCGUGUCUGGAAUCAAGUACAUCCUGCAGGUUGAGAUUGGUCGGACAACUUGCCCCAAGUCAUCAGGUGAUCUCCAGAGCUGCGAAUUCCACGAUGAGCCAGAGAUGGCUAAGUAUACCACAUGCACCUUUGUAGUGUACAGUAUUCCUUGGCUAAACCAAAUUAAACUGCUGGAAAGCAAGUGCCAGUAAGCCUCUCUUGGCUCCAGCAGUGACCAGCAACCAGUUACUUGGAGGAAAAAAGAAGCAAUAACAUGAAUUGAGAUGGAUUGUAUCGCUGCCUGUUAACUCAUACUUCUGUACGCUUGUGCUAUGCAAGUAAAACUAUGUAAUCUUACUAUAGAGCACAGUACGAUCUCGACUUUAUUUUUCCUCUUUGUAGUUAUAUUUUUGGAGUAGCUGUUUGUCUUCUCGCAGCUUUCCCAAUAAAGCAACUCCAGUGUCAGAAUUGAAGAUGAAGUUGGUGUCCCUAUGAAGUGACUACUGUAAACAUUAAAACUCAAUUCAUCAUU